AUGGUUAUUCUCUAUGGUUCCGUAAUACAUUCAUUAAAAAUUGGUAUGAAAAUGGAUAUUGCAGCAGUCGAAGGUUCAAUAAACGAUAUAGAUGAUGAGGAAGAGGACGAUGAUCGUGUCGACCAUAUCGCUGUAAAAUCACCAAAGUCCGAUAAAUGGAAAAAAUUUCAACCAACUAAAAAAAAGAGCUCAAAAAGAUCAAAAAAUGAUAAUCGUGAUAAGGAAAAACGUUCACUUAAUAAAGCAUAUUUGAGUAUGAUAACUAACACAUCGAAUUCAUCGAAUGCUAUUAAUCAGCAGAUAAAUCAGCUUCGAUCAACGCAUAGGUAA